ACUCACCAAACUGAACACAUCGAUCAACUGCGUUUUGUCUCAUCAAUCUCAUCCAGGCUCAUCUCUGAUCCCUACGAGCUUUAUUCUGUGUACCACAGGUCGGGGUUUACAGGCUGUAGGCAUAAUUGACCUUUGCGAUUUUACGAAACACACUUGCCGACUCUCUCACAUUCUGCCGAGAGUCAUCAAUUAUGCAGGGAAACUGCUCGCACUGAGGGGGAAGAUAGCAGCAACAAUAUGGCGACAACCGCAGUUUCUCCUCAAUCUUUUCCGCACCUGCAGUCCCGCAAAGGCUUUUUGGAUUCAUUGUAAAGCUCACAAAGCUGCUACUGUGGAUGGUACAAACCUAAAGACCAAGUAGCUGCAGGAUGAAAACAUGGCUGCACCCCUUCUUGCACCUCCAGGACCUGAUAGCUUCAAGAAAUUUACUGUGGAAUCUUUGCGGGCCCUUGAGCAGCGCAUCAAUGAGGAGAAGAACAAGAAACCGCCCAAGCAGGACAGCAGCUACCGCGACGAUGAUGAUGAGAACAAGCCCAAGCCCAACGGUGACCUGGAGGCUGGGAAGAGCCUGCCCUUCAUCUAUGGGGACAUCCCUGCGGGAUUGGUGGCGGUGCCACUGGAGGACCUGGACCCAUUCUACCUGAAUACUCAGAAAACAUUUAUAGUACUAAAUAGAGGGAAGACAAUCUUCCGUUUUAGUGCCACACCUGCCUUGUACUUCAUAAGUCCUUUUAAUCCGGUUAGGCGAAUAGCUAUUAAAAUUUUGAUACAUGCUCUUUUCAGCAUGAUCAUUAUGUGUACUAUUUUGACCAACUGUAUAUUUAUGACCUUUAGUGAUCCUCCUGAGUGGUCAAAACAAGUAGAGUACACAUUCACAGGAAUUUAUACAUUUGAGUCUCUUGUAAAAAUCACUGCACGAGGAUUCUGCAUAGAUGGAUUUACAUUCCUAAGAGAUCCAUGGAACUGGCUGGAUUUUAUGGUCAUUUCGAUGGCAUAUGUAACAGAGUUUGUGGAGCUGGGCAAUGUAUCUGCGCUGAGAACAUUCAGAGUUCUCCGAGCAUUGAAAACUAUCUCUGUCAUUCCAGGCCUGAAGACCAUUGUGGGUGCCCUGAUCCAGUCUGUGAAGAAGCUUUCCGAUGUGAUGAUCCUAACUGUCUUCUGCCUGAGCGUCUUUGCCCUCAUCGGUCUCCAGCUCUUUAUGGGUAACCUGCGCCAGAAGUGUGUGUUCUGGCCAAUCAACAUAAAUGAGAGCUACCUGGCCAAUGGCAGUAAGGGCUUUGACUGGACUGAGUACAUCAACAAUGAGACCAAUUUCUAUAUACUGCCUGACCAGACAGAUGCUCUUCUCUGUGGGAACAGCUCCGACUCAGGUCGCUGUCCAGAGGGCUACACAUGCAUGAAAGCUGGGAGGAAUCCAAACUACGGCUACACCAGCUUUGACAGCUUCGGCUGGGCCUUCUUGGCUCUCUUUCGACUCAUGACGCAGGACUUCUGGGAAAACCUUUACAUGCUGACCCUGAGGGCAGCAGGGAAGACCUACAUGAUCUUCUUUGUGCUGGUGAUUUUUGUGGGAUCUUUCUACUUGGUAAAUCUGAUUCUGGCUGUGGUGGCCAUGGCUUAUGAGGAGCAGAACCAGGCCACCAUUGAAGAGGCCCAGCAGAAAGAGGAAGAAUUCAAGGCUAUGCUGGAGCAGCUCAAGAAACAGCAGGAAGAUGCCCAGGCUGCUGCCAUGGCAACCUCUGCAGGCACAGUGUCAGAGGACGCUGUAGAGGAUGAUGGAGGAGGCCGUCUGUCAUGCAGUUCCUCUGAGAUGUCGAAGCUCAGCUCCAAGAGUGCCAAAGAGCGGCGCAACCGCAAGAAGAAAUGGCGGCAGAAAGAGCAGGAGAAGGAGAAAGGUGACAGCGAGAAGUUUGUCAAGUCAGAGUCAGAUGAUGGUAGCAAGAGGAGCCGCUUCCGUUUUCCUGAUAACCGGCUGGGUCGAAAGUCUUCCAUUAUGAACCAGUCCCUCCUCAGUAUACCCGGCUCGCCUUUCCUGUCCCGCCACAAUAGUAAGAGCAGCAUCUUCAGUUUCAAGGGUCGUAGUAAGGACGUGGGCUCUGAGAACGAAUUUGCUGAUGAUGAGCACAGCACAGUCGAGGAAUGUGAGGAGCGUCGAGGCUCCCUGUUCAGCCCAUACAGGCGGAGCAGCUACAGCAGCUUUCAUGGGAAGAGGAACAGCACGGUGGAUUGCAAUGGCGUGGUGUCACUCAUUGGCCCUGGGCCUGGUGGACGCCUUCUGCCUGAGGUGAAAAUCGAUAAACCAGCUUCUGAUGACAGUCCAACUUCUGAGGUUGAGGUGAAGAAGAAGCUGUCGGGCUCCCUGAUGGUGUCUGUGGACCAGCUCAAUACCUCUUUUGGGCGGAAAGAGCGGGCCAACAGUGUCAUGAGCGUCAUUACCAACACACUAGUGGAGGAGCUGGAGGAGUCUCAGCGCAAGUGUCCACCAUGCUGGUAUAAUUUUGCUAACACAUUCCUCAUCUGGGAGUGCUCUCCUCUAUGGAUUAAGAUCAAGGAGAUUGUGAACCUGAUAGUCAUGGACCCUUUUGUGGACUUAGCCAUCACCAUCUGCAUCGUCCUCAACACUCUCUUCAUGGCCAUGGAGCACUACCCCAUGACCCAGGAGUUUGAGCACAUGCUGACUGUAGGCAAUCUGGUGUUCACUGGGAUCUUUGCAGGGGAGAUGGUUUUGAAGCUGGUGGCCAUGGAUCCGUACUACUAUUUCCAGGAGGCCUGGAACUGUUUUGAUAGUGUCAUUGUGACGCUGAGUUUAGUGGAGCUGGCUCUGGCUGACGUUGAGGGCCUGUCUGUGCUGCGGUCAUUCCGAUUGCUGAGAGUGUUUAAGCUGGCCAAGUCAUGGCCCACCCUCAACAUGCUGAUCAAGAUCAUUGGUAACUCAGUGGGAGCCCUGGGGAACCUGACUCUGGUGCUGGCCAUCAUCGUCUUCAUCUUUGCUGUGGUUGGCAUGCAGCUGUUCGGAAAGAACUAUAAAGACUGUGUGUGCAAGAUUUCUUCUGACUGUGAGCUGCCUCGUUGGCACAUGAAUGACUUCUUCCACUCCUUCCUAAUUGUCUUCCGGGUGCUGUGUGGUGAGUGGAUUGAGACCAUGUGGGACUGCAUGGAGGUGGCAGGCCAGGCCAUGUGCCUUGUUGUCUUCAUGAUGGUCAUGGUCAUCGGUAACCUGGUGGUGUUGAACCUGUUCCUUGCUCUGCUGCUGAGCUCAUUCAGUGCUGACAACUUGGCUGCGACAGAUGAUGAUGGUGAGCCCAACAACCUGCAGAUUUCAGUCAUGCGCAUCAAGAAAGGCAUUGCAUGGAUAAAAGCAAAAGUGCGGAUACUGAUAGCAAGUCUGCUGAGGAAACCACCAAUGGAGGAUGAGCAGAAGCCUUUAGAUGACAUGUAUGACCAGAAACUGAACUGCAUUGCUAACCACACUGGGGUGGACAUUAACCGUGACUUGGACUAUGCAAAAAAUGGUAACGGCACUACCAGUGGUAUUGGCAGCAGCGUGGGCAAGUAUAUGAUUGAUGAGGACCACAUGUCAUUCAUCCAUAACCCGAACCUGACUGUCUGCGUGCCCAUAGCAGUGGGGGAGUCCGACUUUGAGAACCUCAACACAGAAGAUUUCAGCAGCGAGUCAGACAUUGAGAACAGCAAAGAGCUGGAUGACACCAGUUCAUCAGAAGGCAGCACCAUCGACAUCAAGCCAGAUGUGGAGGAGGUGGUGGUGGUGGAGACGGUGGAGGAAUACAUGGAACCAGAGGCAUGUUGGACAGAUGCUUGUGUGGCCAAAUACAAGUGCUGUGAUGUUGACAUCAGUCUUGGCUGGGGGAAGAGAUGGUGGUACCUGAGAAAAACCUGCUACCUGAUUGUGGAGCACAACUGGUUUGAGACCCUCAUCAUCUUCAUGAUCCUUCUCAGUAGCGGUGCCCUGGCCUUUGAGGAUGUGUACAUAGAGCAGAGGAAGACCAUUCGGAUCAUUUUAGAGUACGCCGACAGGGUUUUCACUUACAUCUUCAUCCUGGAGAUGUUACUCAAAUGGGUCGCCUAUGGCUUUGUCAAGUAUUUCACCAAUGCCUGGUGUUGGCUGGACUUCUUCAUUGUGGAUGUGUCUAUAGUCAGCCUUGUAGCUAAUGCGCUGGGCUUCUCCGAUCUAGGGCCCAUUAAAUCACUCAGGACACUAAGGGCCUUGAGACCCCUCAGAGCCUUGUCACGUUUUGAAGGGAUGAGGGUGGUAGUCAACGCCUUGGUGGGUGCCAUCCCUUCCAUUAUGAAUGUGUUGCUGGUUUGCCUCAUCUUCUGGCUGAUUUUCAGUAUCAUGGGGGUCAACAUGUUUGCGGGCAAGUACUACUACUGUUACAAUGAGACUCUGAAGGAUAGGAUUCCCCUCGAUAUUGUCAACAACAAGACCGAGUGUGAGGCCCUCAUUAAACAAAACUAUACUGAGGUCAGGUGGAAGAAUGUCAAGAUCAACUUUGACAACGUGGGCGCUGGCUACCUUGCCCUGCUGCAAGUGGCAACGUUCAAAGGCUGGAUGGACAUUAUGUACGCAGCUGUGGAUUCCAGACAGGUGGAAGAUCAACCUGCCUAUGAAGUCAAUAUCUACAUGUACAUCUACUUCGUCAUUUUUAUUAUAUUCGGCUCCUUCUUCACCCUCAACCUCUUUAUUGGUGUGAUCAUUGACAACUUCAAUCAACAAAAGAAAAAGUUUGGAGGUCAGGAUAUCUUCAUGACAGAGGAGCAGAAGAAAUACUACAAUGCUAUGAAAAAGCUGGGGUCCAAAAAGCCACAAAAACCUAUUCCUCGACCACAGAACAAGAUCCAGGGAAUUGUCUUUGAUUUUGUCACGCAGCAAGUUUUUGACAUCUCCAUCAUGAUACUGAUCUGUCUCAACAUGGUCACCAUGAUGGUGGAAACAGAUGAUCAGACCAAUGAAACAGAGAAUGUCCUCUACUGGGUCAACUUCAUCUUUAUUGUAGUCUUCACCACGGAGUUCUUGCUAAAGCUCUUUGCCCUUCGCCACUAUUAUUUCACUAAUGGCUGGAACAUCUUUGAUGUGGUGGUGGUCAUCCUCUCUAUUGUCGGUAUGUUCUUGGCUGACAUCAUUGAGAAAUACUUUGUAUCACCAACCUUGUUCAGGGUGAUCAGGUUAGCUCGUAUUGGCCGUAUCCUCCGUCUUAUCAAAGGAGCCAAAGGCAUCCGAACAUUACUCUUUGCCCUGAUGAUGUCACUGCCAGCUUUGUUCAACAUUGGCCUACUGCUCUUCCUGGUCAUGUUCAUCUUCUCCAUCUUUGGCAUGUCUAACUUUGGCUAUGUAAAACAUGGAGCAGGCAUUGACGACUUGUACAACUUUGAGACCUUUGGCAACAGCAUGAUUAUCUUGUUCAUGAUCACCACUUCGGCUGGAUGGGAUGGCUUGCUACUGCCAAUCCUUAACUACCCACCAGACUGUGAUACUUACCUAGAGAACCCUGGAACAUCCGUGAAGGGCGAUUGUGGUAACCCUUCAGUGGGAAUCUUCUUUUUUGUCAUGUAUAUCAUCAUUUCUUUCCUGAUUGUGGUCAACAUGUAUAUUGCCAUCAUCCUGGAGAACUUCAGUGUGGCCACAGAGGAAAGUGCUGAUCCACUCAGUGAAGAUGACUUUGAGACCUUCUACGAGAUCUGGGAGAAGUUUGACCCCACUGCCUCUCAGUUCAUUACUUUUGCCAAGCUGCCUGACUUUGCUGAUGCAUUGGAGCACCCACUUCGUGUGCCAAAGCCCAACACUAUAGAACUAAUUGCCAUGGACAUGCCCAUGGUGAGUGGUGAUCGCAUUCACUGCCUGGACAUCCUGUUUGCCUUCACAAAGCGUGUGCUGGGUGACAGUGGAGAGUUGGACAUGCUCAGGCAGAGGGAAGAGCUUUUUGUGCCAGCCAAUCCCUCCAAGGUGUCGUACGAACCCAUCACUACCACCCUCCGCCGCAAACAGGAGGAUGUCUCUGCCAGAAUUAUCCAGAAGUCCUACCGUGCUCACCUCAUCAGGCGCGGCUUCAUCUUCAAGCGCCAUGCUUUUGCUAACAGCACACUUGAAAAUGGUGGGACCAAUCAAGAGAAGAAAGCGAGCACGCCAUCCACUGCCUCUCUUCCCUCAUAUGACAGUGUGACCAAACCUGACAAGGAGAAGCAGGAUGAAACGAAGGAGGAGUGGGCCAAGAAGAAGGACAAAAACCAAAAAGAUGAGUGGGAAUCCAAAUGUUAGGGUUCAGAGACACAAAAUCCAAUAAAACAGUGAGAUGAGACUGAGCCCAAAUAUAACAAAUGUAAAAAAAGUGAUCAUUUGCAAGUAAGAAAAAAAAACUUUUAAAAAGGUUUACAGACUCAGAUACUACUACUGUAAGGCAACGUGGUUUCUUAUGUCGUCCAACACAGCUAAACAUCAUCAGUUUACUGUGGAACAUUUGCUGCAUAGUGACCAAGUUCAUACAAACGAGGAACAAAAUGAAAAACAGCAACUCACAGUGUCUGGCCAGUGACACACAUUUCUUUGGGGACCAACUGCCAAUGCACAGAAAUCUCUGCCAGAUAAUUGGAGAACUGCAAAAUCUCUGCCACCACCAAGUGUGGACCCCACUCAGCAAAGCUCCAGUGCUACGGGAAUGGAUCAUACAGCGCUCACUGGAACUGUUAACAGUCUAAAUGAGGGCCUGUAACAGAGUUUACCAUCUUUAGCAAGAAGAAAACUAUAAUCACCCAAGCAAGUUUAGCUAGGACAGAAGCCCAAGCGGAGGAGGGGGAAACCCAGAACUGUAGACAAAGAUUUUUGUUUGUUUGUGCUGAGUAUACUUGCAUCUUUGCAUUAUUUGAGCAGCAAAAAAAUAUUACAUUUUAGCCCAUGGCGCUGGUCUUUUCAUCUCCUCUUUGUUAUACUGACAUUGAAAAAGACAUGGGCUUUCACACUGACCGGGUAGUAGUCAUUAGUCAUUGUUUUGACUUGGGCAGAAGGAGACUUGCUCAGGCCAAGUUCCAGAUAAAUAAUUAUUGUGCUUGUUCAGUGCAUAGAAAUGACUUGCAUGAAGGCAUGUUUUGAUCAGGAAUCAUGCAUGAGUAAUCAUAGUCCACAAGGCACUAAUUCUCAGACCACUGCAGUGGCUUGACUAAAAGUUUGAGGCUGUCCACUGGAGGAAUUACAAUAACUAUAAAUGGAAAAUGAAGAUAAUGAUAUAUAUAUAGUAUUUGUAGAAUGGUAUUUGUAUGAUCCCACCCUUCACUAAUUUUGUUUGUCAAAUCACCUUGAUUUUUUUAUUCAGCUGUUCAUUAAAUAAUUUCAGGCGAGUGAAGGUGGUAAGCACUCAGUGGCAAAGUCUCAGUCAGAUCAGCCAACAACACAAGCUAGAAAAUGUUUUUUUGCUGCUCUGAAUGUUAAUAGUAAAAAGAGUGUGGAGUGUAUAGAACUAAAAUGGCCUCAUGUUGAGGAUGCACAGAUUUGCAGGGCCCUGUUCAUAGACCUGAACCAAAUCUGGGGCUUACAUCUCUUUGUUUACUUAAAUCUGUCCUAGAGCCACAUUCCUCACUUACCUGUGGUCCCGGUUAGGGUAAUGAAAAGUUGAUGUUUCAAGCCAAGGAAUCCAUAUCUGGCACCAGUAUAGAUCUGUGCUCAGGUGUCAGUAGGUAUGCCCUCUACUGCUGUCAGUCCUCAUGAAGGGACAGCAAUAUGGAUUUGUUUUGAUAUUUCUGUUUCAGUAUAGUGGAGGAGCCAAAAACCACAUUUAGGUAGAUGCAUAAAUCAGUCAUUUUACUGGUUCAUUUCAUUACAGUUCCUCUUUACUCUGUCAGAUCCCCAUCAGAGUGAUGUCUUAGGUAGUGCUUUCUGGACAAAUUAAGUUGCCAGCUUUUGAAGAAAAGAAGCCUUGAAGUCCUCCCCUGAUGCCCCUGUGAUGUAGUCAUUCCUAUAGAAGACUGAUCAGUGCGAGUGACACGGACCAUCUGAAACAACAGACUUAGUGGAAAAUUAACACAAGGAUGUUUUGUUUUGCCUGUAUGUAUGGAAAAUGUAUGGCCAUGAAGGGCUUGUGGUGUGUCUGUAGAACCAAAAGGAUUUUCUCUGGUGAUAAAUAGCAUAACAAAUAUGGUCCCAUAAAUAGGUAGACUGACUGCCAUUUGAACAAGAGCAGAAGAAGAGAAUAGUGCUUUGGUCUUAGCUGCAGUGCUGAAAGUCCCAUGUUUGUCAGUGUAUCAUUGUGCUUUUGUGGGACUUCUUUAACCACUGUGUCGUGUUGGACCCAGGCUCGCACCAUUAUUUCAUAUACUUGCAGACUUUCAAAUGCUAUCACCUGCUUCAGAAAUAAUUAGCCAGAGAAGGCAGUAAAAGCCUAACACUUACUGAGAUAAAACAUCAGCAGGCCUCACAUUGACACAACUAUGUUGUAUAAUAAGCUUUGUGGGCGUUUUUCAUAAACAAAACAAACAAACACAAAAAAAAGCCUGAGGCUUUGUCGAGUGCUAGACAAGACACAGCUGCCUCCUUAGGUGUUCCUGCCAUUUCUUUUCUACACAAAGUGAUAGUCCUAUUUAUAAGUGGAUGACUAGACGUAAAUCUGACAUCCACUGUCACACAACUAAUGCCAUUUGGUGUGUUUAACACUGCCUGUUCCAUAAGGUCCUGUCUGUAGUAAUACCCGAGGUCUGUUUACAAUAUGAUGUGUCCGAAUCAGUUUGGCUGCUGUAUACUGAAACCAAAUACAUUCCCAAUGAGAACCACAGGAGGAGUAAGUAAUGCCAUCUGAAUUACCCAUGUUCAUUUUGGAUGUAAUGUUUUAGAAUGAUACAUUCACACUUGAGAAAAAAAAAGAAACCACAAAAACAGGUGUACAGUGCAGGCUAUGAUGUAAAUGGCACAAUCGCUGAAAAAGAAUGAACUUUUUGAGAGAAACUAUAAAUAUUGUAUUAUAUUCUUUUAUUUUAUCAGCAUGCUUUGUUGUUUUUGUAAAUACAGAAUUUUAAAAAUAUUACUACUAAUAAUCAAAAAAUGAAUAAUAAUAUAGAAUGGCUUCUAACUAUGCCCUUUGUCACAUUUGUUACCUUUUGGAUUUUUUUGAGACACUUUUCACUUUGUUGACAGAAAUUGAAUGAAAUAUAGAUAUACAGUAUAAUACAAAAGAUAUAUACAUGUAUACAUAUAUGUCUAUAUGUAUAUACAUAAAAGAACACUGUCACAUUUCAUUUAUGUGCAACACAUUCAGUGGAUGUCUAAAACUGGCUCUUGCCGGUGUUUCCUAUGUUGAAGAAUAGCUCAUAUGCGAUGUUACUGGAGCUGCUUGCCAUUGACUGUAGCCUGAUCACGAUGAAAGGAUAAUGUUACCAGCACAUUUUUCACUUACUGUCAUGUCGCUCACUGUCACUGAGUACACAGGACACACCCACAGUCACGGACACAAAUGCACACAGCUGACUCUCCUCACUGCCCAGAUCGCUACCAGUGAUCUCUUCCCGGAGGACGUCAGCUACUGUGAUUGACUGCCGCUACCUACCCCUAGGGCCAUUUCCCAUACAUACCCACACAUCAGUGCCAUGACAACUCAACAUACAGACAGCUUGCUUCUCAUCCUCACUUUUCUUUGGUCUGUUUUCUAGUGUUCCACUUAAUGGCAUGUGCCUUUUUUCUGCUUUUUCUGCAAAUUUGGAUGUCAGUGCCACACAGAAAAAAAAAAAAAUUCCAACAGGGGAGGGUGGGGUUCAGGGGUGAGCACCGCAUUAAUCAGGGAUGUCGAAUCGGAAGUACUGCCGGAGGACACCCAACUUCAUCUUAAUAUUCAACAGUGUGUGAUAUUAACAGAAAUACAGCUAACUCAAAAUUGUCCUAUUCUUAGUGCUAUGUGUAUCACCCACUUGGCUUGUGAAAAAGCAGCUUGCCUUCUGUGUUUGUUUUAUUUCUUCUAUAUUUCUGUAUCCAUUUGAAAUUUAUUUUUGUAUCAAAUCUGAUUAUAGGACUCAUUCUUUUUCAGCAUGGUUUAUUAUGGAAGUUUUUUUUUCUUUUUUGCUGAAAAAAAUGAAUAUGCUUUUCAAACUGUUGUCAUCUUUUGAUGCACUGAUAAGAGGAUAUAUACAGUAUAAUAUGACGGUGUGUUGCACAACCACUUGGACACUUGGUAAGAAUAUAUGAAAGAUUGUCUUCAUUUCAGCACGAACCUUUUUAUUACCAAUAAAGCAGCCUUCCAGUUA